UUGAAAUGGAGCUAUAACAUUUUAAAAGGAGUUAUUGAAUUUGUUCCAUAUCAAUUUCAGACCGGAUAUUUACCAGAUAGUGUGUACCGUGAACUAGCGUGGUACGGUAUCCUGCAGAUACAACCUUUACAUCAUAGCACCAAACAUAAAGUCGCCGCUCAACUUAUAUGGCAACACACGCUUGGACGACCGCACGUCAUUAUGGAGAGUCCGCCACAGUCGACUCAAUCUGAGGGUAAAGUGAGUCGCCAGAUCUUAGCGGAAGAAGCUGCCAAGUGGUCCAGGGAACAGCGAGCCGCUCAGGAAGUAUUGAUGGAAAACAUUAAGAGCGGAGGAAAUGGACUCACUGUGAGAACAGUCGUCACUGCUACCACUAAAACCACUUAUAUUAUACAAAAUGGUAACUACUAUAAAUGUCCAGAAGGCUCAGAGCCUGAUUUAGACGCUUAUAGAGUACAAGCCAACAUGCAUGAAAGGAAAUGUACGUAUGGGAAGUCAUCGAUACCAGUCCCCGUGGAUCCUUGCAUUGAAGCUGAAAUAGCGCCCAUUGAAUACUCAUUCCACGAAGGUUGGAUGUUCUGCCUCGGAAACGGCGAACGUGAGAAUAACUAUUUCCAAAAUGGCACUUUAGAUUGCGGUAAUAAAACAAAGGUGGCAGUUGAUGAUUUUUUAAAACAAUGCGCCAUAGACAACAAUAUAGUGAUCACAUUCGAUUAUUUCGGCGACGAGCCCAGAAAGGAUAUGAUGCACAACGCAACUCUCUGUACAACCUGGGAUCCUUGUAAACUGUCCUAUUUAUAUAGGCUAGAGCCUCCACCAGUUGAACUAACUCCAGCGUUUCCGACUACAACUCCGAAUCCUUGUGACACUACCAUGUGUCCUGAGUGUAUUGAAGGAUUUACUAUGGAAGAGGGAGUAGCUAUUGAUUUAAACAUCGAAGAAAAUGAAACAUACAAAGGGGAUGAUCAUUGA